CACUCACCCACGCUAUUCAUUAGUGCACGGCAUUCUGUCGAUAACAUUCCGGAUAGCUCAGCUCUUGAGACUGAGCUGCGAGCGCACAAAAUGACAGGGAAGACGCUACUUACUUCAUUUGGAAUGCACGAAGUAGUAAUUACAAAUAAACUAAACAUAUCUCCUAUAAGUCAGCGGUUUGCUCUACACUCAGUGAUAGAACUGCUUCGACGAGAUUCACAUGGCUACCAUAUCCAGCACACGGCCAAUGCGGGUGUAGCACCGCUCAAUGACAACGCCCCGAAUGCUUCGCUAAUUGCACCAAUCACUCGAAGCCCACAUAUAACGUCCAACCAUCGGGGUACUGAACAAAAACGAAGCAGUGUUGAGAUCAUCCCAGUCGAAUCAGUGCGCCAAGCCCCGCAGACGCAGACGCAUCAUACAUCAAACGAGUUUGAACAUCUUCUGCGAUGGCAAAAUACAACUGAAGACGACAAGGUGGUCGACUUUGCUGCUGAAGACAGUCAAGAGGACGAUGAUUCUAUCGACGCAGAUGGAGAAGAUGGAGACAUAGACGAUCCGCACGAACUUGACGAGGUAGAAGUACCAUCAAGUCGAACCAAGCUCCCUUCUGAGGAAAUCAUCAAUAUUAUUAAUGAGUGCAUCGAUGCCUACAGCGAAUCCUGGAAACCGAAUGCAGGCGUUCCCCGCGGCGAGGAAGUCGUCUACGAUGUCGACGCCAUGUGGGACGAGGCAGAAGCCUCGGGACAGAGAAAAAAUCUUGUGCAAAAGUACGAGGAAGAUCAUGCAUACUUUAGCCACAGACUCGACAAACUAUGCGAUGAGAUUGUGAGGGCUGCUGGAAGCAACCCCAAUGACGUACGCACGCAAUGUCGCAAUCUUGAGACUACUAUUCAGGCAAUGGAGCUGGCCGGUUGGCUAAGGGAUAUAUACCAACUGGAGCCUGUCAAUAGCGAUGAUGACCUUGCAAGCUCAGCCGACGAUACUAGCAUGGCAUCAUUACCAAGACCCCAGGCUGUUGCAACCACUGAGGUUAUCAAUCUGGAUACUUCGCCCGAACCUUCGGAAAUAGGAGAGCCUCGUCAAGAUAUGGCUGACAGUACUGGGAAUUUACUAAGCCACCAGAGGCGGACAUUAACACCGGACUUUAUCCUUCGUGAUAUUUCUGGGAAUUCCUCGAGUCGCCAAAGGCAGUCGCUCUCACCUGAAAUCGCCAUUACGCACAGCAUAGAGCCUGUGGUCAACAAGAACCGUGACCCUCUUUAUCCCAGUGGCACACGACACACACCUGUUCUCCGAAGAUAUGGAGACGACCCCGAAAAUGCUUCGAUAAAUUCGGUACGCCGCUGGAGAUGGCAAGAAUUAAUCAACCAUCUUGACCGCAAGCGUAUUGUUUCCAAAACCAUCUUUGAAAUGAAUGCUGGCGAUCGCGAGUCGGUUCGCACCCGUGUUCAGCUCAUUAGCAAGACAGGUCUAUUAAGAGAAAUUGCAGCGUGUAUCAAGAUGUUAUGGAGAGGAGAAUCGAAACUGCAGGGUGUACUCCCUCGAGACGUGGCCAAGAUUACCAGCUUUACCAACUUGUUUCUGUCGUGGUGGUUCUGCAGGAACUAUUUUGAUAAACCAAACGCAUCUACGCCAGAACUAGAAGAGCUCAAGUCUUGUAUGGACGACGGAUCUGCAGGAGUAUCUGCCUUCUACGACUACCUUUGUAAAAUUAUGGAAACGACCUUUAGCGAACAAGCUUUGCAGCACCCUGACCAACCGUCACAGGCAGAGAUCAUCGAGAUAUCAGACGACGACUGAGGACAUGCAGUUGACUGACUAACAUGCUGUCUAGUGUCUUUUCAUGUCCGGUGUGGUAUGUCAUCGGAGGGCAUCUAGGCCUCGGCAGGCAUAUAUGAUGCCGAUGCGGUGAAUAUCGCACUACACGCGGCGCAUCUCGGCAGUGUUGCUAGCUCCUGGCCGACUCACACUUCACGCUUAAUCCAUCAGGGUUCAUGGCAUCUGCAAGCUGAUAGGUAGUAC